AUGAAUCAUUUACACAGUUUAAAAUUGAAUCGUCAAGCAGCACGAGUAACAUCGAAAUGUGAUAAAUUUCAUUGUAUUAGUCUUGCAAUGCGUAUCUAUGGUUAUCAUACAAGUUCUACUGAUCUUGAUGGGUUUCUAUUAUUUCUUUCAUCAGCAAAAUUAUAUGCAAAAUUAUUUGGAUUAACUGUUCGACCGAGUAAAACUAUUUCCAUACUCGUAACAACUAUUAUUGUUGGAUGUGUUAUUCUUCUUCAAACAAAUAUUAUUCACAGUUCAAGUUUUUUUAUUCAAUGA